AUGUUUAGGACAUUAUGUUUACGUUUGCUGUACAAAACCACAAAUCGAUCUUUUAAGUAUCGAUAUGGAUCAACAUAUUUUUAUUACAAUUGUUUUUCUCACUUUCAACCAACAUUAAAAAACAUCAAUAAAUUUUCUAUUUGUGUUGAGGGCAAUAUUGGUGCUGGCAAGUCUCAUAUGUUAGAAUACUUUAAAAAUGAACCUGGAGUAGAGAUUUACUCCGAGCCUGUUAAAAAAUGGCAGAAUGUUCAUGGGAGCAAUAUUUUAGAUUUAAUGUAUCAGGAUUCCAAACGUUGGGGACUACAAAUUGUUGUAACUCUUUUACUUCCUAUCCCCCUUUUUCUUCCUUCCCUUACUCGGUAUAUUAACUUGUUCAGCCCCUUUAAGGAAAUUUUUUCUAGGUCAUUCUCUUUAUUAAUUUUGCUAUUGGCUCAUCAUUUAUUUCUUCCUUCUUUCCUUUCUUUUCUUUUUUCUCUCUCUCUUCUCUUAAUUUUUAAAAUUCUAAAUUUUUUUUUUACUUUUUUUCUUUCUUUUUCCUUUUUAUUAUUAAUAUUAUUUUUUCUUUUUUUUUUCUCUCUUUUUUUACCCUUUCUCUUUUUUCUCCUGGUAUAUCUGUCUGGCCAGAGGCAUGGUGGACAGCUCCUCAUAGUUUUCUCAUCUUUUUGCUCUCUCUUCUUUUUCUUUUUUUCUUUAUUUUCUUUUGUUUUCACUUUUUCUUCUUUCAUUUUAUCUUCAUUUUCUCCUCCUUUCAACUUUCAUCAUCUUUUUUCUUCCUUUCAUUUCCUCCUUCUUUUCUCUCCAUACAUUUUCUCCUUCUUUCUCUUCCUUUUGUCUUUUCCUUCUUUUUCUUCCUUUUGUCUUUUCCUUCUUUUUCUUCCUUUUGUCUUUUCCUUCUUUUUCUUACUUUUGUCUUUUCUUUCUUUUUCUUUUUCUUUUGUCUUUUCUUUCUUUUUCUUUUGUCUUUUCCUUCUUUUUCUUUCUUUCUUUUGUCUUUUCCUUCUUUUUCUUUCUUUCUUUUGUCUUUUCCUUCUUUUUCUUUCUUUUGUCUUUUCCUUCUUUUUCUUUCUUUUGUCUUUUCCUUCUUUUUCUUUCUUUUGUCUUUUCCUUCUUUUUCUUUCUUUUCUCUUUUCCUUCUUUUUCUUUCUUUUCUCUUUUCCUUCUUUUUCUUUCUUUUCUCUUUUCCUCCUUUUGUUUUUUUCUUCUUUUAUUUUCUUAUUUCGUUUUCUCCUUCUUUUCCUUCCUUUUUUUCCCUCCUUUCGUUUCCUCCUCCUCCUCCUUCAUUCUCCACGUUUUUUUCGCCUUCUUUCUCUCCUAUUUGUUUUUCCUUUAUUUUCCUUCUUUUCUUCUCAUUUCUUUUUCUCCUUCUUUCUCCUCUUCCUUUUUUUUCCUACUUUAUCAGCCUAG